AUGGCCAAGCUUCUGAUGAUCCUCCCGCACGUCGCCGCCGGCUUCAGCCUCCGGGGCAGCAAUUCGACGUGCCUGAGCGAAGGCGCCACCUGCGCCCUCGACGACAGCCUCCCUCCGUGCUGCGAGACCUUCCGCUGCUGGGAGUACAUGGCCGAGCAGCAGCCCGCGCUGGAGCUCCCGGGCCUGCAGCAGCCCGCGCUGGAGCUCCCGGGCCUGACCUGCACGUCCUGCAUCGCCGCGGGCGAGACCUGCAGCCGCGACAUCAUCAGCGGCACGCCCUGCUGCACGGGCUACAUCUGCGGCGCGAGCAACGGCACCGACGCGUGCGUGAAGAUGCCCGAGGCCGUCGCCGCGCCGAUGGGCGACGACGACACGAACUUCACGAAGUGCGGCUGCCCGGACCACGAGUACUGCCCCGGCGCGCCGCCACCCAACGGCCACUGCGGGUGGUUGGGGGCCCAGGGGUUCGCGUGCGGCAAUCCCGCGGGCAGCAGGUGCGCGCCGGAGCCGUGA